CUCCGUUCCAGCAGGGGGCGGUUUGCAGCUUCAACCUUAAAACCAAAGAAGAAGAAGAAGAAGAAGCGGAAGUCAUCUUCAGGCCUGGCGACCGACCACCGACCCGUCCACAGCAUCGUUACUGAGAAAAGCUCUACACACCUUUUUAUUCACUCCUUGUCACAGAGGUGGUAUCUUCGGUCGUGACAGCAUGGCGUCCGCUGCAGCGCAGUGGGAUGAGCACCAGGCAUAUGAGGAGCUGCUGUACUGGGACAGUCUCAUUCAACAGGGCCACCGCCUCCUCCCACACGACUUUGACCGAUACGAGGACCUGCGUUACUGGUAUGACUGCCUGUGCUACGAGGAGGAGCUGAGGCAAUACAAUCAUUACGUCGCUUCUAUUGAGCAUCAUGAGGACCGACGACACCAUCAGGAACCUGCAGCUCCACGGGUGCAGUCCGGGCCAUAUGACCGCCACGUGAUGGCCAAACACUCUGAAGUGUAUCCUUCACCAGAGGAGCUGGAGGCGGUGCAGACAAUCGUCUCCCGUGUGGAGUGUGCCCUUAAGACUGUGUCCGACGAGAUGGAUACGCCGAAAGAUAACAAAGAAAAUACAGAGGAAGGGAGCAAUGAUUCACAAGAACGUGUCCUGCGUGGGGUUAUGAGAGUCGGCCUGGUGGCCAAGGGUCUCCUGCUGACGGGAGACAAAGACCUGGAGCUGGUGCUGCUUUGCUCCAACAAGCCUACCAUCACUCUGCUUAAUAAAGUGGCUGAAAAAUUAACCGCACAGCUAGAGGAAAAUUCAGCGGGGACAUAUACAGUAAGCCAGUGCCCAGGAGAUGCAGCCCUUGUUGUGACAUGCACCAAGGAGGGUUCGGUCCUGACUCUCACUAUCCACCUGACAUCACCUCUUGUCAGGAUGAAGCAAGAAAGUAAAACUGCAGAAGAAAAAGAGGAAGUCGGAGCGAAGCAAGAGAGCAAAGCUGCAGAAGAAGAAAAAGAAGAAGAAGACGACGACGGGACGAAGCAAGAGAGUAAAACUGCAGAAGAAGAAGAAGAAAAAGAAGAAGACGGCGACGGGACGGAGCCAGAGAGUAAAACUGCAGAAGAAGAAGACGACGACGACGACGGGAUGAAGCAAGAGAGUAAAACUGCAGACGAAGAAGAAGAAGAUGAAGACGAAGAAGAAGAAGAAGCAACGCGAACAGUCAACGAUCCGCCGGACGUUCUGGACAGGCAGAAAUGCCUAACUGCCUUGGCGUCUCUCCGCCACGCUAAGUGGUUCCAGGCCAAAGUCAACAACCUGAGUUCAGCCGUCCUCGUGAUCCGGGUCAUGAGGGACUUGUGUAACCGUGUUCCUACCUGGACGCCACUUUCAGGAUGGCCUCUUGAACUGCUGGUAGAGAAGGCUAUUGGUACAUCUGAGAGACCAAUGGGAGCAGGAGAGUCAUUGCGCAGGGUUUUGGAGUGCGUUGCAUCUGGAAUCCUCUUGGAAGAUGGCCCUGGAAUUAAAGAUCCAUGUGAGAAGGAAACAGAGGACGCCACUGGAUAUCUGACAACGCAGCAGCGUGAAGACAUCACGCAGAGUGCUCAGUUUGCCUUGAGGCUGUGUGCCUUUGGACAGAUCCACAAAGUGUUGGGGAUGGACAAACCUAUAAAGCCACGGAAAUCACUGGGAGCCAGCGGCAGAGAUGGCACAGCUCAGAUACCACCUGCUGGACACGUCAGCCUGCCAGCAAAGAGACCUUACACAGAUGUGGACAAAGAAGAAGAGGGGCCUCAACUCAACAGCAAACAGAGGAAGUUUCUCAAGUUCCAGAAGCGCUUUCAGAGGAAAUCAUUCACAGAUGACUUUAGCAUGAAUGCCGUGAUGCGUCUGAACCAGUACAAACCUGGCCUGGAGUACCGACUUACAUCUCAGACCGGUCCGGUCCACGAGCCGGUCUUCACAAUGGCUGUGGACUUGAAUGGGAAGCCCUACGAGGCGACAGGGCCCUCCAAACGAGCUGCCAAGCUUAAUGUAGCCACCAAGGUCCUGCAGGAUCUCGGUCUUCCGACAGGCUCAGAGACUAAAGCAGAGCCCAUUGGUGAAGUUGAAGGAUCCCAGGAAUCAGUCAAAGACGCCAGCACGGCCUCUACUGCAUCAGAAGAGAGCGCUCAGGGUCCCAUCUUGACCAAAAAGGGCAAGAACCCUGUGAUGGAGCUGAAUGAAAAGCGGCGCAGCCUGAAGUACGAGCUGUCUGCAGAGACCGGGGGCUCCCAUGAAAAGUGCUUUGUCAUGGAGGUGGAGGUUGAUGGGCAGAAGUUCAAAGGGAGAGGCUCCAAUAAGAAGGAAGCAAAGGCCUACGCUGCCCUCACUGCUCUGGAGAAGCUGUUCCCAGAUGACGACACCAACAGAAGUGCUGUGAAGAAGAAGGUCACCUACACUGACAUGCACAUCCCAGGGUUCGGCACUAUCCGGGGCAUCCCUUCAGACUCCGGGACUCGUGGCUGGGGUCCCCACAGAGGUCGAGGCAGGGGCCGAGGCAAACCGUUCCCUCAGGGACCCAGCUAUAACAAGACCAACUACAGUUAUGAGGGCAACACUGGCACAGGCUAUCAUAAUCUUUAUGAUAAUAAUGCAGCCAGCACCGCAGUCCAAGACACUGGAUCAGAAAGCAGCGUUGGCUACGGCACUUUUUACCCGGAGAGCAGCACCACCACCUACGCCGCCCCGCCCGCCUCCAGCUCCGACCCCAGCACCACGGUGGGUGAAAACUACCAGUCGAUGCCUCCUCCCGCUGACCAGGAAAGCCCCUACAGCUACGGGUAUGGAGACGAGAAGAAGAAGAUGCUGACCCAAAGUCAGAAUGAGGGCCAGGGAGGAGACUACUCUAUGUACAGCACCGCUUACCCCAGCUCGGUGACGGGCGGCCAAGUGUAUAAUAAUUAUGACUGGGGAACCCAGCAGUCCUCUGGGAAUGAGCAGGGGUACAGCACGUACCAGGGUUUCGGAGGACAAAACCAGGGCUCAUACUCUGGAUACAGCGAUACGAAUUACUAACCACACACAUUGUGUCACAUUGUGUCCAGCCUUUCUCACCUCAAUAUGUCAUUUUAGUUUUUUGUUGUGUUUUUACCUCACUUAUAGUUGUUGGAUAUCUGGUAUAAAACAGUUGUAAGUGAUAGAUGAUUAAAGGGUGCCCGUUUUCUUCCGCAACAUCCCUGUAAAAAAAACAUACCUGGUUUAUCAUUAUGUCUUGUUUCUAGGGUUGUUGUGUUUUUCUAAUCUAGUGUACUGGUAGUAUCAGUAUGUUAUGGUUUUUAUUUCUGCUUGUAGUUUUGAUCUGAAGAUUUAUUUCUGUGUCCUAUGAAAUGCUCAAAUCUUUCUUGUAAAAUAAAUUACUUUUUUUUGGAGCACAG